UGCCUAUCUCAUCCUUCCAUCUCUCUUUCCAUCUCGCUUCCUCGUCCUCUCCCUCUCUCCCUUCCAUCCCAUCUCCUGCUCUCUUGCUUCUAGUGGUCUCAGCCUGCUCACUCCAGCCUUCACUAUAGCUGACGUCUAUCGCCCUUAUCAACGCGAGAGGUCUCGUUCUCCGCGUCGUCGCUCUCGCAGCCCUCGACGUAGCCGUCGCUCCUAUUCCCCCCGCAGCCGCUCUCGCAGCCGUGACGACUAUCGCCGCAGCGAACGCAGAUCCCGAUCUCCUAUGAGUGGGGCAGCAGGUCCAUCGGGAGGUCAUUCAGGGUCUGGUUACGGUGGUCGCAGCUCAUACGCACCGGGAAGGUCGUUCGAAGACCGCGCCGUCGCCAAGGAACAGAUGAUGCAAGCCGUGCGCGAAACUUCCCAACAGGACCGUCGCGUCUAUGUUGGGAAUCUCUCCUACGAUGUCAAGUGGCAUCAUCUAAAAGAUUUUAUGAGACAGGCUGGAGAUGUUAUCUUCGCCGACGUCUUGCUUCUUCCGAAUGGAAUGUCGAAGGGAUGCGGGAUUGUGGAAUACGCGACGAGGGAACAAGCACAAAAUGCAGUCAACACGUUGAGCAACCAAACCCUAAUGGGUCGACUCGUCUAUGUUCGGGAGGAUCGCGAACCCGAACCCCGUUUCACUGGUGGUCCCGCUCGCGGCGGUGACUUUGGUGCUGGCCGGGGUGGCUUCGGCGGUGGCUUCGCUGGUGGAAGCAGGCAACUCUACGUCUCCAACCUUCCUUACAACGUUGGCUGGCAAGACCUGAAGGAUCUCUUCCGCCAAGCUGCUCACCAAGGCGCGAUUAUUCGCGCGGAUGUCCAUACUGACCCCAGUGGCCGUCCCAAGGGUUCUGGUAUUGUCGCUUUUGAGUCCCCAGACGAUGCUCGAAGUGCCAUCCAGCAGUUCAAUGGCUACGAAUGGCAGGGUCGGCCGCUGGAAGUUCGUGAAGAUCGUUUUGCUGGUGCUGGUCCUGGCUUCGGCCGUGGAUAUGGCGGUUUCGGUGGCCGUGGCGGCUUCGGCGGUCGUGGUGGAUUUGGUGGUCGUGGUGGAUUUGGCGGAGGUUUCAGGGGUGGCUACAGUGGCUAUGCUGGAGGCGGCUUUGACGCAUCCGCUGCUGUACCUUCUGUGCCACCUAAUCCGUUCACUGACUUUGCAACUUCGGGUGGAGAAAAGAGCCCUAUCAUCUAUGUCCGCAACCUACCAUGGUCGACUUGCAAUGAAGAUCUUGUAGAUUUGUUCUCUACAAUUGGCAAGGUUGAGCGUGCUGAGAUUCAGUACGAGCCCAACGGUCGCUCUCGUGGAACCGGUGUUGUCCAGUUUGACAACGCGGAGACCGCAGAAACCGCAAUUGCCAAGUUCACUGGCUACCAGUACGGUGGCCGCCCUCUUGGGAUUACUUUUGUCAAGUACCUGAACGGUGGCCCAGGACCUGGAGAUGCUACGGACGCUACGGAGCCGCCAGCUGGUCUUACUCAGGAUCAGAUCAUGUAAAACUCGCGUAUUCUUUUUCUGGGGGGACUACCAGGGUCUCCAAAGAAGAUGCGUUACUCUUUGUUUCUUCCCUUCUUUUUUAUUUGAUUCCAUAUUAUCUCUGUUGCCCCUAUUUAUGAAGAAAAAAACAUGGGUCCUCCAGGCACGGUUUUCCGAAGAUGUCGAAUCUGGGUAUAUUUGUUUUCUUUUUUUUUUUUUU